CCACCUACGUCACUCCAGACUUGUCUGGAGUAUCCCUGGUGGCUAAGCUAGGUUGCUAACUGCACCGCAGCUUUACUUGUGUUGUUUCCCACAAGAAAAACGAAGACAAAUAUCACCUUUCGCAAGUGAAGGAAACACUUAACAUUCCCCGGAGUGACCGCGUCGGGCCGGUCGGUAUGGCUCUGCAAGGCCCGGAGGAGCUGGGGGAGCCGGUGGAAGAAUCGGAGGACCUGGACGACCGUGACGCCAGUAGUAUCUCCCCGGCCGAGGAGAUCACGCUGCCAACCGGGCCCGGGGGUGACGAAGAGGAGCCCGCGGGGACCGCUGUGUUGCUGCCCUGGGACCGCUUCUCGACCUGGCUGCAUUGCAUCUGCGUGGUGGGCUUCGAUCUGGAGCUGGGACAGGCGGUGGAGGUGAUUUAUCCGCAUCAUUCCAAGCUCUCGGAGAAAGAGAAAACCAGCAUUUGCUACCUUUCCUUCCCGGACUCCAACUCGGGUUGCCUGGGCGACACCCAAUUCUGCUUCCGCUUUCGUCAAGGCUCCAACCGGAAGUCGUCGCUGGGCCGCUUGUUGGAAACCAGCGACAGGGACGCGCCGCCCUGCCUGAAGAGGGAGCAGGGCCAUUAUUACGGCUGCGUGUAUUUUCGUCAAGUGCGGGACAAGUCUCUGAAGAGAGGCUACUUCCAGAAGUCUCUGGUCCUUAUCAGUAAGUUGCCUUAUGUGACCUUCUUCCACUCGCUCCUCAAGAUCAUGGCUCCGGAAUACUUUGAGAAGCAGGAACCGUGUCUGGAGGCGGCUUGUAACGACAUGGACCGCUGGCCCACGCCGCAUCCGGGCAGAAUCCUCACGCUGCCCAUCAUGGGCGUGGUCAUCAAGGUGCGCAUCCCAACGUGUUACGACAAACCGGGAACGUCGCAGCUGGUCCAGUCAGCUCAGAGUGACAGUCUCGUGUCCAUUGUGCUGCCCACCAUCCAUGAAGUGGACCUCUUCAGGUGUUUCUUUCCAGUCUUCUUCCACAUUCAGAUGCUGUGGGAGUUGGCGUUGCUGGGCGAGGCGCUCGUCGUCAUGGCGCCCUCUCCCGCCGAGUCGUCGGACACUGUGCUGGCGCUGGUCAGCUGCGUGUCGCCUCUGCGGUACUGCAGUGACUUCCGGCCGUACUUUACCAUCCACGACAGCGAGUUCAAGGAGUACACCACCAGGACGCAGGCUCCACCCUCAGUCAUCCUGGGAGUGACCAACCCCUUCUUCGCUAAGACUCUGCAGCACUGGCCUCACAUCAUCCGCAUCGGCGACAUGAAGCAAGCAGGCGAGAUGGCCAAGCAGAUGAAAGUGAAGAAGCUGAAGAACCUGAAAACUCUCGACUCCAAACCCGGUGUAUACACGGCAUACAAGCCAUAUCUCAACAAAGAUGAAGACAUCAUCAAGCAGCUCCAGAAGGGUGUCCAACAGAAGAGGCCCUCGGCGGCCCAGAAUGCAAUUCUGCGACGCUACUUUCUGGAGCUGACGCAGAGCUUCAUCAUCCCCCUGGAACGCUACGUGGCCAGCUUGAUGCCGCUGCAGAAGUCCAUCAGCCCGUGGAAGAGUCCUCCUCUGCUGCGACCGUUUGUCCAGCAGGACUUCAUGAAGACGCUGGAGAAGGCCGGGCCGCAGCUCACCUCCAGACUCAAGGGAGACUGGAUCGGACUCUACAGGCACUUCCUGAAAUCUCCCAACUUUGACGGCUGGUUCCGCAACAGGAGGAAGGAGAUGACACAGAAACUGGAGGCCCUGCACCUGGAGGCUCUCUGCGAGGAGGACCUGCAGCAGAGAGUCCAGAAGCACUCAGAGGUGGAAACGGUGGAUCUUGUCCUCAAGUUGAAGGACAAACUGAGUCAAGCGGAGAGGGAGCAUCUGCCCAUGCGUGCCGACACGCUAGCCAGACUUCGAGCGCACAUCGACGGCAUCGUCCUGGCCUUACCCGAAGACCUCCGGGGUAUCCUCCACAAGCCCACCACACCCUGACCUUUGAACCAAGAAAAAACUAAUUGGCCACCUGACACAGGAAGAACGCUCGGUGCAUUUCCCAUCAUUUCCAAAUGAUCAGAGGGAUUUUUCUCAACCACUUGAAAGGCUUUUUAAUCUUCAAUCUUUUGUUUGUUUUUUAAGACCUGCUUUUAAACUGCACUUCUCCCGUCGUGUACUUGUAAAAGCAAACGCAAACACUAGUAUGCAAAUAAUCUUGGUGCUUUUUAUUUUUAUGUUUUUAACGGAGGGGGGGGGGAAAUUUUUUUUUUUUUUUAAUCCAGUAAACAGCACAACAACAAUCCAACACCAGCAACACACUCGGUUCCACAUCAGCCUCCUUGCGUCCAUGUCAUAUAACCCACCUGGAAAAUUUGGGAGAGACUUUCCGUCAGAAAUUGUGUGGGAAAUGUCCCAUCCAUCCAUUUCCUGAGCCGCUUCUCCUCACUCGGGUCGCAGGGCGUGCUGGAGCCUAUCCCAGCUAACAACCCGAACUGGUUGCCAGCCAAACGCAGGGCACAUACAAUCAAACAACCAUUCGCACGCGCAUUCACACCUACGGGCAAUUUAGAGCUGUCAGUUAACCUACUAUGCAUGUUUUUGGGGAUGUGAGAGGAAACCCGAGUGCCCGCGGGCACAGGGAGAACAUGCAAACUGCGCACAGGCGGGGCCGGGAUUUGAACCCCGGUCCUCACAACUGUGAGGCAGACGCUCUAACCAGUCGACCACCAUGCCGUGGUGGAAAUUUGCCAGUACAUUUCUAGCAAUUUUAUACGGGAAAGUUGUAAAUGGCAAGGAACUUAUGGGAAAUUUCCUGUACAAUUCCGGAAAGUUCACGGCAAUUCCAGUAGAACGUUUCCAACUUCAGAAAAAAAGCUGUCAGAAAUUUGGCGACAAAUAAAAUUCUUGUCCAUUUCUGAAAUUGCGGGUAAUUGCAGGAAACUUCACGGAAAGACAUUUCUGAAUUUCCAGUCAAAUUCAUGGAAAUUUGGCAGAGAAUUUCCAGUUAAUUUAUGGAUAACGUCCCCUGCGAAGUUUUGUCGAAAAUUUCAGUGAACUUCUAGUCACGGAUUAUACUAAACCGCUUGGACUUUUGAGCUUUUUUGUAUGUUUUUCCACUAAAAAACUCCAAAAUCCAGUCAACAGCACACCAAGGAUGCGACUCGCUCGUUCUCACAUCGACCAAUCAGGCUUCUGCAGUCAUGUCACACGGCGUCCCAGCAGCCUAUCUCGAGUCCGACUUUAUUCACAGAAGUGAAGUUUGUUAGGUAGCAAAUUUCGAGGAAACUUUUCAUUUCAUAUGACUUCACUGGACAAUUAGAAAUAAUAAUCAUAAUUCUGAUGAGCUGCCAGAAGCUUUUCGUACGAUUUCCGAAAUAUCUCGAACAUUUUCCUGGAAACUUCCAACUCUUGAAACUUCAGAACAAAAAAAUAAAUCCUGUGAGUUUCUGGAAAUUUGUAGAAAUGUAGAAAUGUUUCCGUGUAAAAAUUGUAGAAUUCUUUUAUUAUAAGAUGUCAGGUAAAUGGCAGGGAACUCAUGGGAAAUUUGUUGAAAAUUUGGGCAAAAACGUUUGACCGAACUGUAUAAAUGUAUUAAUUGGGUGCCCAUGAUAGUGUGAUUUAAAAAAUUGGAAGAAAAAUUCCUGGUAAAUCAAAUGGUAAGUUUCCAACGUCAGAAACUUGCCAUUACAUUUCUGGAACUUUUCAUAUACUUGCAGAAAUUUGGCACCCAAAGAAAUCUGAAAUUUCUGGAAACGUUUCAAUCGUGAAGUUUGGAAGACAUUUUCCAAAAAACGUUUCCAACUCGUUAUUUGAAUGUAUCAAAAAUGAUCACAUGGCCUUAAUUUAUGCUCGCAAAACUAACAGAAACCUUUUUUUUGGGGAGGGGGGGGGGGGGGUUUGUUUGUUUGUUUGUUUGUUUGUUUGUUUGUUUCCUUCAAAAUCUCUCAGGAAGUCACGGAAAAUUACACUACAAACAGCCAACAAACAAUGAUGUGUAGUUUAUUAUUAUAUUAUUAUCUUGGCCACCACUUAACAGCAUUAUCGGUUAUAUUUACUUUUUUGCUUUACUUAUAGCAUUUCAUCGUUAUUGUUUUUACUUGAUUUUACUUUUAGCAUUUCAUACAUUUUUUUUAUAGUUCCCACAAAGGCGUUUCGCAGUGUAAAAAUCUUUUGUGAAACAUCAUGAUUGCUGCUUGACUGUAUUCAUAAAUAUUUUGUUAUAUGUUACGAUUUUAUUUCACGUGAUACACUUCUCCGUGGGAAAUUGGCAGGCAAUUUAUGGAAACCACAUGGGUAUUUUUGUCAAAAUAUUCCCGGUGAAAAAUUGUCUCAAAUUCCUGCUUACUUCGAGAAAAUGUUUCCAAUUAAAUUGGUGAAAUAUUUCCAGUAAAAUCUCUGAAACUCUUCUAUAAGACAUUUGUCCGAAAAUUUCUGGAAACUUCUCAUUGAAAAUUGGGGAAGAAAUUUCCUCAGGGUUCCUCGAAUUUCCCAUCGAACAUUUCCAACGUCAGAAACUUUCCGUCAUUCUGGUGAAUUGCUUGAAACUUUCCAUGGGAAUUGGAAGGGACAUUUCAGGGACUUUUCCAUAAGACAUGUAGGAAAAAACAAACAUUUGUGAACUGCUAGAAACAUUAGAAAUUUUCCAGGAUAUUUGACUGAAAAUUCUUAGAAAUUCUUGGCUAUUCCAAAUUAUUCUUAAAAUGUUCCAUUAAAAAUUAGUAAGAAAUUUUCCAGUAAAUUUCUUGUAAAUUUCCGUGGAAGAUUUGUAAAAAUGGUUGUCUGCGUUAAAUACUGUAUUUUGUGUUAUAAUUUUAUUUGACGUGGUACCCAUGAAGAAACAAACGGUUUGUAUUUAUGAAGAAAAAACACAUUUGGGAAAAUAAUUGUAUUUGGGGGGGGGGGGGGGGGGGGUCCUGUGGAAUUUUUGAGAAGCUUUUCCAGUAAUUUUGGGCAGAAACUGCCUUGGGAAAUUGAAUGGAAGUUGUCCAGUGAAUGGCAAGGAACUUGUGGGAAAUUUGGUGGAAAUUUCUUGGCAAUUCUAAGUGAGUGUUUUCAACUUCAGAAAGUUUUCGUGGGAAAAUUUGGUGGAAUAUUUUCAGUCAAUUUCUGAAAACCUAUACUUCAGAAAUUUGGCAGGAAUUUCCUGUUAAAUUGUAGACAAUUCAGCGACUUGCUGGAAUCUUUCCAUAAGAUAUUUGGCUGAACAUUUCUGGGAACUUUUGAUGGAAAGUUUGGUUGAAAAUUUCUGAAGGUUUGAAUCAUUUCCCAUAGAACGUUUCCAAUUUGAGAGCCUUUCCGUCGGAAAGGCGAGUGAAUUGAUGGAAACUUCUCUCGGGAAAGGGUAACGCUUCAUUUAAACUCCAUGAAUAACCGUAUUAUUUGAUGGUACGAUUUGAUUUCACGUAAUGCACACUCGGAACAGCGAAACCUUUCUGUUUUUAACAAAGAAGUGUAUUUUAACAGUUUAUUUGUGCCUAUGUAACAAUGUAGAUGUUGACUUUUUGUCCAAAAAGGUAUAAUUAAGGAUGUGCAAAUAAUUAUUUGGCUAAUACCGCACAAGCUAUCAAAAAUAGACGCCAGUAUUGAACCACAACACGAAACCACUUGUAUGAUUUGGUGGACGAAUGACAUGAAAUGGAUCGCCGUUGAUCAUUUCAUUUGAAAGUCUACACUUGUUCAUUUUGGAUUUUAAAUGACAAAAGAAAAAUCUCAUGCUUGAGUUAUUAGGGUUCUAAUAAAACGUUCA